UUGGCACUGUUGGCAGUACUGGCCGGCAAGAAAAUGGCGUCACAGUUCCGCGAGAGUAUACACGGGCGAGGAACGUGCUUUCACGGCGUCACUAACGCGUCGCGCCUAACAUGUAAAUAAUAUACGACAGAUCACAUACGGUCGUGCUAACGCGAGUUCGUCUUGCUCUCGCUGUGUCGACGCCCUACCGCUUCACUUCGAUGAGAUUUCGGUGAUACGUUUCUAGCUGCGUGUCCGCAAUGGCCGACGACUCCGCUCCUCAACCGAAGAGGCGCCAAUUGCGCGAGCGAACCAGGAAGCUGUACACGGACGACUGGACCAUAGGCGACGAAGAGAUCGAGGGCCGCAGGACGUUCCAGCUUGACGAGAAGAUCGAAGGCAAGAAGUACGACCUGAGCAAUUUCAGCGGCCUCUUUCGCGAGAUGACUGGGCCAGAGCUGAAUAUGACGUUUCUGCAGAAGCAUGGUCUGACAAUACCACUGCUGUUCAAGGAUAAGUCUGGUCUGGGCUUGCGAGUGCCCAGCUCUAAUUUCUCCGUCAACGAUGUCAGAACCUGCGUUGGUUCUAAAAGAAUACUGGAUGUUAUGGACGUUAAUACUCAAAAAAAUGAAGAUAUGAGCAUGAAGGAGUGGCAGAAGUAUUACGAAGAUCCCAACAAGGAACGCUUGUUGAAUGUGAUCUCAUUAGAAUUUAGUCAUACCAAGCUAGAGAACUAUGUACAAUCGCCCUCGCUGGUGCGACAAGUCGAUUGGGUGGACGUUGUAUGGCCGAGGCAUCUGAAGGAUUCCCAAGUAGAAUCUACCAAUCUUUUAGAAGAUAUGAUGUAUCCGAAAGUACAAAAGUACUGCUUAAUGUCAGUAAAAGGUUGCUAUACUGACUUCCAUGUUGAUUUUGGUGGUACCAGUGUGUGGUAUCAUAUUCUUCGUGGUGGCAAAAUCUUUUGGCUGAUUCCACCCACUGAGAGAAACUUGAAUCUCUAUCAAGAGUGGGUGUUGAGUGGCAAACAGUCGGAUGUAUUUUUUGGAGAUAUGGUAGACAGAUGUGGUAGGAUAAGUCUAACGGCUGGUAUGACUUUAUUCAUACCAACUGGUUGGAUACAUGCUGUAUACACUCCUCAGGACUCUUUGGUCUUUGGUGGCAAUUUCCUUCAUAGUUUUGGUAUAGAGAAGCAAUUGAAAGUGGCGCAAGUAGAGGAGCAUACAAAAGUACCACAGAAAUUCCGAUAUCCAUUCUUUACAGAAAUGUUAUGGUAUGUCCUCGAAAGAUAUGUGCAUGUGCUUUUGGGUAGAAGUCACUUGGAUAUAUCUGAAUCACAGCGGCAACACUUAGUCCCACAACAUCACCAGCAUGUACAUAUCACGCAACUCGAGUUACAUGGCUUAAAAUCUAUAGUAAUGUAUCUACAUUCAUUGCCGUCGACGAAGAAGAAUGUCCCGGACUUGAUACGCGAUCCAAUUGCCCUCAUUCACGACGUUCGAACUUUGGCGGAGCAACAUAGACUCGAUGAUUCAGAAGCAGCUGUAACUGGAAAUCCUGUAUUACCACCACCACCACCUUUAAGCAUCGUCGAAAGGGAACGCAUGAGAGCAACGAGAAAAAGUUUUGCAAAAAUGAGACAUCUCUCAGACAAAUCCGAAAGAGCAUUUCCACGCAGAAGACGCACUAGAUGCAAGAAAUGUGAGGCUUGCACUAGACAGGAUUGUCGGGAAUGUGUGUUUUGCCAAGAUAUGGUCAAGUUUGGAGGUAGUGGUCGUGCUAAGCAAACAUGUCUUAUGCGCCAAUGUCUCAGACCAAUGCUUCCUGUUACCUCAGCGUGUAAAGUCUGUCAUUUGGAUGGCUGGCAACAACCGCCUGCACCAUUGACGGGUAAAACCUUUCCUUCAGGACCAUCUACUUUGAUGGAAUGUUCAAUUUGUUUCGACAUUGUACAUCCAGCAUGUAUAGGUCUGAACUCCAGUGAGAUUACGGUGAAUGAUGAUUUACCAAAUAGUUGGGAAUGUCCACAAUGUUGCGAACGAGGUAGAAACUUAGAUUAUCGACCACGUCAGCAAAGAGGGCGUACACGAAAAUUAUCGGUAUCCAGCGCAGCUUCCUCAGCACCGACCACGGAUUCCGAGCGGGCUAUGACACCAAGUAAACGAUCGAGGCUCGAUCCCAACGAGGCGUGGAACGAUUCGCCCGGGGAGCCAGCCGAAGGUGAACAGAGAAUGACUCAGCAGCGCACCCAGUUAGCUAUGCAAUUGAUUGCCUCGAGCAGUAGGUCUUUAGUAAGGCCACAAGUAGUGGUUAGACCGGCGCCACCGCCGCCUAUUCAAGAAAUGGACGGCGAAUGUCCAGAUGAACAAAAUCUUGUUUACAACCAAACAGCGAUGCUUGCAGUAUUCCGAUUUCUUAACAUGAAAGAUCUGCUUAAUUGUGCCUUGGUUUGCCGCACCUGGGCGAGAUACAGUAUAGAUCCCAGUCUGUGGAAGAAACUUGACAUGUCGCAUUAUAAUCUUCGUUCCUUACACUUGACGGUUAUUAUCCGACGACAACCCGAAUAUCUUUCAUUGGACUGGACCAAUAUCAAUAAGAUGCAGCUCGCUUGGCUGCUCAGUAGGCUGCCGCAGUUACGAACGUUAUCUCUUCAGGGUUGUAGUUGGGCCAGCGUUCGUGCUUUGAAGAGUUGCAGUUGUCCGCCUCUAGAAAAACUAAAUCUAAGUUAUGUUACUUCUUUCAAUGACGUUGUUUUGCAAGAAAUUUUGGACUCGCCAACGGAUUCGAGGCCCGGCCUUAUCGACAAAACAUCACGAUUGAAACAUCUAAAAAAUCUAUCUCUAGCCGGAUGUGAUCUCACGGAUCGAGGAGUGAGAUACGUAGUCCAGAAUCUGUCGGAUCUUGAAACCUUGGACCUUUCCUCAAUCGGCAGGCUCACCGACUCCGGAGUGGCGCAUCUCACGUCAUUGCCAAAUCUAACGUCGCUGAAUCUAGCGAACUGUAAGUUGCUCACCGAAACGUCUCUUGAUCAUCUGUCGAGAUGUAAAGUGCUAAAACGUCUUGAUCUGCGGCACACAAGUGCUCAUGUAUCAACGCAAGCAGUCAUUAAAUUUGCUGCUAAAAGCGAGCAUAACUUGCAUGUGACGGACGUUAAGUUGGUGGAAGAAAAGAAGAAGAUCAAAACUGAAUGCAUGGAUACGUGAAAGAGCAUGGCGCUCAUAUGCGAACUAUUGUUCAGUGCAAUCCGGUUAUCGUUGCGUAAGAAUACCGUUUGCAAAGAAUUAGAGGCAUAAUAGUACACCAUGUUACGAUCAGCGAUUAUUUAUUUUACACGAAAAACUACAGGCAUCAUCUUUAUAAUGCAACAGAAAGGACCUGAUUAGCAUAGAAUUUCUCAUCAGGUAAUACUUAUUUUUAUCGACAUAAGAUUAAAUGCAAUUUUGACAAGAACGAUUCCUUCGCAACUUAGAUUUCUUACUAUUCUUUUCACUUUUCUUGUGGAUACUUAUAUUUUUGAUUAUGAUUUACACAUACGUAUAAACAUACUUUGUUUAUAUAUUUUUCAAAAUCACUGAAUGUCACUUAAAAAAAUACUUUUAUUUAUUUUGAAUAACUGUCUUUACAACAAUAUCGAAAGAAAGUGUUUAUUAUUAUUUAAUGCAAUAUUAAAAUUUGUUGUAAAUCUUUGUAACUGAAGUACAAAUUUAAAUUUCCGUUAAAUUAAUCAAGAAUGUAAUUCUGUCACUUUUAAAAUUUAAUUCAGGAAAUUGGUAACUGUGAAUUUAACAAUAAGGACAUUGAUAGUUUUCGGAAUAUGUAUUCUCGUGCAUAUGCACAUAUGUUAUAAUUAAUAUAUAUAUUUACGUAGACUUCUGUAUAUGCAUAUAUUAAUCAUGUGCAUAUACAGAUGUAUAUAUAAAUAGAUAUCUUUGUUUAUAUUUUGCAUCAUAUUCAUUCUACGUAAUCAAAUCUUAAAAUUUUACUAUAAAAUAAUGUUGUAAAAAAGAUAGUGUUUCUUGAGCCAUAUUAUUUCUUUUGUACUUUAUUUUAUAAUAUUUAAUGACUUUUAAGAUAUUUCACUUUUGUCUUUCCUUUACUUAGUGUAGCAGGUCAGGUUGCAAAGGUGAUAUAUACUAAAUUUGGACAGGUGUACAAAAAUGGAUGGCAUGUAAGAAUUUUGUUAGAUCAUUAUUAGAAACAGUAUUUUUUUCUAUAGGUUGUGAAAAUAUAAAUUAUGCUCGAAAGUAUUUCGCACGAAUAUCUGAACAAAUCUCGACCGAGAAGUCAUCACAAAAACGAUGUCUACUGAAUUACACACAUACACGUUUAUACAUGUUAUGCGCAGGCAUGCAUCAAAAUAUACCGAAAUCGACUGUAUUGUUGUGUAACAUUAAUUCGGUGAUUUUAUGUGAUAAUCGAAGAUAGCAUGUACAUGCUUUAAAUUUUUACUUCCAAUCUAAUUGCAUCUCGUGAUCUAUGCAAACCAAUGUAUAUAAUACUUGCUUUUUAUGUAUAUGCAGUUUUAGUUACAUCCUUUUUUUUCUGUAUCCUCUUUAAGUGUUCCACUUACAAUUUCAAGUAAAAACAACAAAAAUGAUAAGUGACGAUAUUGACUUAAGUGCCGUCGUGUAUUUCAUCAAAUUGUGCGUUUCUCUCACUACGUUUCAGCGCAUUGAACAACAAAUUUAUUGGAAUCAUGCGUAUUAUGUAUUUGUUUCAUAUUUUAAAGAAGACAUGUUGUGGCAAUAACCGUUCUCACAAACUUUGCAUGUUGCUAUUCUUGCGCUGAAGACAUUGUCACGAGAAAAAGUCACGUUCUUUUCUUUUUUCUACAUCACAGAAAUUUUCGUCAAUAAUUUAACAUAAAACAAAUCGCCACGAUGUAACACUUUGUAUAGUACAUGUAAUCCAUGGAGAGCAAUAGCGAUCUCUAAUUCCCAAAUAUAAUUUUGAUUUGUAAAA